UGCCCCGGCGGGCGGCGGGCGGCCGGCGGCCGGCGCGAGGCCCCUCCCCGGCGGAGUCGCUCAGCGCGGAGGAAGCGGAGGCGGCGGCAGCGCCGAGACCUCGCCGCGCUCAUGGCGUCGCCCGGGCACUCAGAUUUGGGAGACGUGGCCCCAGAAAUAAAAGCCUCCGAGAGACGAACAGCUGUGGCCAUUGCAGAUUUGGAAUGGAGAGAGAUGGCAGGAGAUGACUGCGAGUUUCAUUAUGGAGAUGGUACGAACGAGGCUCAGGAGAGUGACUUUCCAACAGUGGAGAGGAGCAGACUGCAAGAAAUGCUGUCCCUUUUGGGACUAGAGCCAUACCAGGUGCAGAAACUCAGCCUGCAGGACGCCUUGCAGAUAAGUAGCGACAGCAUGAAGAACUGGGCUCCGCAGGCUCCCAGAGACCUGCCCUGGAAUUUCCUCAGGAAGCUGCAGGCCCUCAACGCCGAAGCCAGGAGCACCACCAUGGUGCUGGACGUGGCCCCGGACACCAGGCCUGUGGAGAAGGAGAGCCAGAUGGAGGAGGAGAUCAUUUUCUGGGACACGGCCGACGACAUCUCCGCGGACAUCUACUCCUUCUCCGAGCUGCCCACGCCCGACACGCCUGUGAACCCCCUGGACCUCCUCUGCGCCCUGCUGCACUCCUCGGACAGCUUCCUGCAGCAAGAGAUCGUGUUCAAAAUGUCCCUCUGCCAGUUUGCGCUCCCUCUGGUCUUGCCCGACCCCGAGAACCACUACCACACGUUUCUGCUGUGGGCCAUGCGGGGCGCCGUGCGGACGUGGUGGUCGCCGCCCCCGAGGGCGGCGGGCGGCUUCCGAGAGGACAGCCCGGGCCUGUCCCGCGCCCCGGCCUUCGCCUUCGUGCGCAUGGAGGUCAGCAGCAACUCCAAGUCCCAGCUGCUCAACGCCAUGCUCAGCCCCGGCCACAGGCAGCGCGACUGCUUCUGGCAUCGGGACCUGAGCCUGGGCACCAACCCGCGGGAGAUCGCCGACGGGCUGGUGGAGAUCUCCUGGUUCCUUCCCAGCGGCCGGGAGGACUUGGACAUCUUCCCGGAGCCCGUGGCCUUCCUGAACCUGCGGGGCGACAUCGGGUCGCACUGGCUGCAGUUUAAGCUCUUGACGGAAGUGGCCUCGGCCGUGUUCAUCCUGACCGACAACAUCAGCAAGAAGGAGUACAAGCUGCUCUACUCCAUGAAGGGCUCGGCCACCAAAUACUACUUCAUCCUGAGUCCCUACCGCGGCAAGCGCAACACCAACCUGAGGUUUCUCAACAGGCUCAUCCCCGUGCUGAAGAUGGACCACUCGCACGUGCUGGUGAAGGUCAGCAGCACCGACAGCGCGGGCUUCGUGCGCAGGGUCCGCGCCAUCGUGGCGCACGUGACCCGGUCCCCGUGCCGGAGGGUGUCCGUGGAGGACAUGGCGCACGCGGCCCGCAAGCUGGGGCUGAAGGUGGACGAGGACUGCGAGGAGUGCCAGCGGGCCAAGGACCGCAUGGAGCGCAUCACCAGGAAGAUCAAGGACUCGGACGCCUACCGCCGGGACGAGCUGAGGCCAGGGGACCCGUGGAGAAAGGCGGCCCAGGUGGAGAAGGAGCUGUGCCAGGUCCAGUGGGCCGGGGACCCUCCCGAGAAGUCCAGGGCCGAGCUGAGGCACCGGCUGCUGGAACUUCGCGCGCAGCAGAACGGCCACGAGCCGGCCUGGGGGCUGCAGGAGUUCAUCUCGGGCCUCAGCAGCCCCUCCCUGGGCGAGAAGCAGUACUUCCUGAGGUGGAUGGAGUGGGGCCUGGCCAGGGUGGCCCAGCCCCGGCCAAGACAGCCCCCGGAGACGCUGCUGCCCCUGCGACCCAAGCACUGUGCGGCCGUGGACGGCAGCGAGCCCCCCUGGCCCGAGCCCCUGGGCGUGGAGCACUUCCUGCGGGAGAUGGGGCAGUUCUACGAGGCCGAGAGCUGCCUCGUGGAGGCAGGGAAGCUGGCAGCGGGUCAGCGGCGGUUCGCCCACUUCCCGGGCUUGGCCUUGGAGCUGCUGCUGAAGGGGCUGCCCCUGGAGCUGAUCGACGGGAACACGCUGAGCCCCCCGCUGCGCUGGGUCACCGGGCUGCUGAAGGAGCUGCACGUCCGCCUGGAGAGGAGGGCGCGCCUGGUGGUCCUGUCGGCGCUGGGCGCGCCGGGCACGGGCAAGUCCACCCUCCUCAACACCAUGUUCGGGCUGCGGUUCGCCACGGGGGGCUCCGGGCCGCGGGGGGCCUGCAUGCAGCUCAUCACGGUGGCCGAGAGCUUCAGCCAGGACCUGGGCUGUGACCACAUCCUGGUGAUCGACUCGGGGGGCUUGGUAGGCGGGGUCCUGGCCGAGGCCGGGGAGCGGUUUGAGCGGGAGGCCGCCCUGGCCACGCUGAUCAUGGGGCUGAGCAACGUCACCGUGGUCAGCCUAGCAGAGACGAGGGACGUCCCGCCGGCGAUUCUGCACGCGUUUCUGAGGCUGGAAAAAACGGGGCACAUGCCCAACUACCAGUUUGUGUACCAGAACCUGCACGACGUGUCUGUCCCCGGCUCCAGGCCCAGAGAGCGGCGGCAGCUCGGGGAUCAGCCGGGUGAUGUGAGCAGAGCCACGGCGCAGCUGGAGAGGCAGGGCGAUGGGAUCCGGACGCUGGCCGACCUGGCCUUUUGCGACCCCGAGAAGCAGCACAUCUGGCACAUCCCCGGCCUGUGGCACGGAGUGCCUCCCAUGGCCGCUGUGAGCUUGGGCUACAGCGAAGCCAUCUUCGAGUUGAAGCGAUGCCUGCUAGAAAACAUCCGGAACGGGCUGUCCAACCAAAACAAAAACAUUCAGCAGCUCAUUGAGCUGGUAAGACGGCUGUGAGUCCUCGAAGAGACGGCAAGUCCAGCUGCCAGAGGCCUGUUCUGGUGGGGGGCCCGCCCGGAGAGGGGAAGACGGGGUGGGGUCUGGAGCUGCCCGAACAGUGUCAGGAAAGGAAGCCACCUCUCAGACCAGCCCAGGGAGCCCUCGGGAGGGGCGCCGAACAGGCCCCGGGCAGGGGGGUUGGCCUUUCACUCGGCUGCUCUGGAGUGGAGAGUGGCUCCUGACCACCGCGGCCGAGCAGGCGGUACCUGGGAGGGGGUGGGAAGGCGCGCUGAGGAAGCAGAGGGAGGCCUUCCCUCCGCACCGGCGCCCGGAUCCUGCCCCCUGAGCAAGUGCCCACUGCGUGCAGGCGCCACUGUGGUUCUGUGUCCCGACAGGCCCGCCCAGGAAGGGUUCCUGCUGGCUCUGUCGCUCCCGGCACUGUUUACACCUCUGCCACGACACAGCACGCGCAUCGUCUCACCUGUGCACGUGUCUGCCUCUCCCCUAGACGUGUGAGCUCCCGGAGGCAGGGGCUGCCCCCCCCACCUUGUACCCCAGGGCCCGGCACACUGUAGGCACUUAAUAAACGUGUUGAAUGAAUGAAAUUAGUGAACGCACGCAUGAUAGUAACGGCAGGUUCCUCUCUGUGCCUUAAUGGUCUGUUUCCUCCAAGAGGACCCCAGUGGCUGUCGUAGGAGGGCGCCUGCUAGAACAGCUGGGAGGAGUGUCUUUACAAAUGCCAUCAUGCUCCCUCUCCUUAGGUACACAUCCAUUCUGCAGGCUCUUACUGGAAGACGGAACCAAAUCCCUUCCCAGUGGCUCCAAGCUAGCCCCAUCACAACCCCGUUUUAUGGGUGAGGAAAGGCAGCCUAGAGCCGUCAGGCGCCACAGACCUGCCCUCUGUUCACCCCCAGCCUGGCCCCUCCCUUCAUCUCACCUCCAUGCCCCGGGGCAGGCCUCCUCCCUGACUUCGUCCAGGGCCCACUUGACAGCAUGACUCAGACUGUGGGGCCCCGCCUCUGGGGAUUCUCCAGCUGGAAUCAGUCUGGGCUGGCCCUUACCAAGGGCCAGGGUCACCACUCUGGGCCUCGGACCCCAGCCUCAGCUGUGCCACUAGUUCUGGGAGUUGCUGCUUAGGCCGCAGGGCGCCUUCCCUCUGUAUUUUGCGAUUUCAGGGAAGCUUGGCCCCCGGGGGUGACCAGGAGGUUUUGUUCCUUGUAUUCCUUCUGCCGACCCCAGCAAGGCAGCCCUCUGGGCGGGACCCUUAAACGGAAGCCCCAGGACACACCCCCUGCUGCUGCCUGAGGUUCAGAAUGUUGCCCCCCACUCCCCUUGUGCCAGGAGCCUGGAAGAGCACUGAAACUCAGGAAACCUAAUCUUUUGCUAAUAAAUUUAGGAAAAUCUUUUCAUUUCUGAAACUCAAAAAGAAUUUCUCAUCCUCAGGCAUUAUAAAUUUAUUUCUUCCUGGAUCAUUAAAUAAUACAAAUGCUAAGACGUUGGCUCACCUGGAAAUACCAAAACCUUUCCUUUCUUUUCCCUAGAGCCAUGGAAACGACCCAGUUGCCCCGCUAGCACCGUAGGAAUUUCAGCCAGGAUACUCCUGGGCCCCAAGUUCAGGCACUGGUAACCUCGCUUACAGUUGCUGAAUAUCAACUAAUUCCUUUAAAAAUUGACUCAAGCUAUUCCUGAAAUCUGAAACAGGGAAGCCAGCUGUAGUGGUUCCCUACCAAUCCAGGAUUCUUUACUUUGGGUCUAUCCAUUGUCCAAAGAUAAAGUUUAGUCACUAAAUUCCUGAAAAUUAGGUGUGUGCUUUUUUUUGGAAGGGAGAAGGGAGGAAGAGUUCAUAGCUUUCGACAAAUUUUCUAAAGGAUGCAGGAUCCCAAAUAGAUUAAUAACUGCUCAGUGAGCAGGAAAGUUCUUCCACCCAUCCCCAGGACCUAAGAAAUGGAAUCACAUCAACAGUUGCCACUGUACUUAAACUGCUGAAAACAGACCGGUCCUAAGGACUCAAUGUUAACAGCCCUUGAGUAAGAGGUUGUGCUGGGCAGCCCGGGCAGGACCACCUUGGAGGAUGCAGUCAAGCCGCUGAGGAAGUCUGGGGCUGCCCGGGCCGUGUCCAUAGGCCACGGCCUCUCUCAGGUGCAGGAACAGGAGAGGAGGCCCUGGAGCUGAGCGAUUUUCCCGGAGUCGGUUAUGGCACUUUCAUCCCUCUUUUUAGGGGUUGAUGUGAAAUUCCAUGACCUGCAAAAGGAGUCCACCUUCAGAGCCUCAAGUCAGUACCACUCUUGUGAUUAAACUGCCACCAUACCCAGGUCUUGCCUGGUGCCCUGGAGCCCAGAACACUCAGCAUCACUCUACCCUGGCCACUCCUGGGUUCACUGCAGCCAGACCUUCGGGGUCUGAGAGGUCCUAGAACUUGCCCCAGGGCUACUGGGCAGUAAUGUCCUUGGACCAAGCUUAGCGAUGCGAUGUGAGGGCCUUGCAUCAGGAAGGGUGGAUGGGCUGCUCACAGAGGGUCAGUUGCUUUGGUGGAAGCACAUUGGUGAUCUCGGAGUGAAAGGGCCUGGGAGCCUGAGACUGGGCACGGGGCCCGCCCCUCUCCCUGGAGACUGGAAGUAGCUCCCUGGCACGCGGAGCUGCCAGCCUGCUUCUGAACUCUGUCUUGCUUCCUGCUAAUUAUGUGGCCCUUGAGCAAAGUCAUUCCGCUUCCUUAAGCCUCUGUUCCCCUACUGGCACCUGCUCUGUGGUGAGGGCACAAAAGCUGGCAGUGGAGGAGCUCGUCUGUGCAUGCCACAAGCAAGGCGGCUGAAGGUGUGCCCACACCUGAUGCACACCCACGAGGCUUGUGCAGAGGAAGCCACCUGCUAUAUCUGCCUUCUACACCAGCCUCAGAAUUCUCACAUACGCCAAACAGGAGUCCUCCGGUAAAUCCAUCAGCGGUCAUAGCUUCAAAUUAGUUUGCAGCCUUUUCUCCGUCUUAAUGGUAUAGAGAGCAGUGUCUUUUAAUCCACGUUAUCUUAGAUUUAUUGAAACACAUUACCUAGCAGAGCUGGUGCUGAGAAAUCUGUACCACUGUCAACCUGACCUGGUAGCUCUCCCCAGCUGUGAAUUAGCCCAGUAAGGAAAAAUCCCUUUUCGUUUUCUGAGUCAGUAAUAAAAAAAUGAUUUUUGCUAC